UGAGCUGAGGUUAGAUUGUGCGGAGUAUUAUCCGCCUGUCCUCUCGCCGUCACAAUAGUCACUCGGAGAACAGGUACGUGGAGGGACGCGUGCCUUCCCCGAGCUCGUAUCCGUUUAACGCGAACGGGGAAAAUCCAUGGAGACGCUUCACGUCGACCGGCGGAGCGUCGCUGCGGCUCAAGUGUAGACACGAAACCGUGUGAAGGAGUCCGAACAGGUACCAUGGGAGGCUGCGCUGGACGGACACUGUCACACCGGGGCUGUGGACUCCUCUGCGCUCGGGUGGACUCUAACUUAGGUGUCGUUUUGAGGCGUUUCGUGUAAUUUAGCCGCUAAUUAUCUGUGCAUUUGGUCAUGUCGUCCACGUUCAACACGUUGCCUGAGAGCGAAGCUGGAGCAGGUCACUGGUUCACUACAUCCACAGUUUAGGAUGAUGCCCCCUGGUCAAACCCGCUUGGUCUCACCCCUGUUUCCUCACCCCGUCUCCAGAGUUGAAACGCCUCACCCGCAGCCUGAGCGCUCCUGAGCACUCCCCCUGCCAGCCUCCUUGUUUGGCUGCCUGGCUGACAUCCCAGAGAGGUGAUGCGGCGGUUUGUCUACUGCAAGGUGGUGUUGACCACGUCUUUAGUGUGGGUGCUGGUGGACGUGUUCCUGCUGCUGUACUUCAGUGAGUGCAACAAAUGCGAUGAUAGAAAGGACCGCUCGCUGCUCCCUGCCCUCCGAGCAGUGAUAUCUCGGAGCCAUGAGGGUCCGGGUGAGAUGGGCAAGGCAGUAAACAUCCCCAAGGACGACCAGGAGAAAAUGAAGGAGCUCUUUAAGAUUAACCAGUUCAAUCUGAUGGCCAGUGACAUGAUUGCACUCAACAGAAGUCUGCCAGAUGUGAGGUUGGAUGGCUGUAAGACCAAGGUGUACUCAGAUGACCUGCCCAACACCAGCAUUGUAAUCGUGUUUCACAACGAGGCGUGGAGCACCCUCCUGCGGACUGUCCACAGCGUCAUCAACCGUUCUCCCAGACACUUGCUGGUGGAGGUUGUGCUGGUCGACGAUGCCAGUGAGCGAGAGUUCCUGAAGAAGAAGCUGGAGAACUAUGUUCGGACUCUGGAGGUCCCAGUGAGGAUCCUGAGGAUGGAGCAGCGUUCAGGUCUCAUCAGAGCCAGGCUCAGAGGGGCGGCUGCCACUACAGGACAAGUCAUCACCUUCCUGGACGCUCAUUGCGAGUGUACUGUUGGUUGGCUGGAGCCUCUGCUGGCCCGCAUCAAAGAGGACAGGACAGCAGUGGUGUGUCCUAUCAUAGAUGUCAUCAGUGAUGAGACGUUUGAAUACAUGGCAGGCUCUGAUAUGACUUACGGUGGAUUCAACUGGAAACUAAAUUUCCGAUGGUACCCGGUUCCCCAGCGGGAGAUGGAUCGACGCAAAGGGGACAGAACACUGCCUGUCAGGACUCCCACCAUGGCAGGAGGAUUAUUCUCUAUAGACAAAACAUAUUUUGAAGAAAUUGGAAGCUAUGAUCCAGGGAUGGACAUCUGGGGUGGAGAGAACCUUGAAAUGUCAUUUAGAAUCUGGCAAUGCGGUGGCUCUUUGGAAAUUGUAACAUGCUCACAUGUGGGCCAUGUUUUCCGGAAGGCCACCCCAUACAGCUUCCCAGGAGGAACGGGCCAAGUUAUCAACAAAAACAACAGGCGCCUGGCCGAAGUCUGGAUGGAUGAUUUCAAAGAUUUCUUCUAUAUCAUAUCACCAGGCGUGAUGCGGGUGGACUACGGAGACGUCUCUUCCCGUAAAGCCCUCCGCGAAGCCAUGAAGUGCAAACCGUUUUCCUGGUAUCUAGAGAACAUCUACCCAGACUCCCAGAUCCCAAGAAGAUACUACUCGCUUGGUGAAAUCAGAAAUGUUGAGACUAACCAGUGUGUGGACAACAUGGGAAGAAAGGAGAAUGAGAAGGUUGGCUUUUUCAACUGCCACGGCAUGGGGGGAAACCAGGUGUUCUCGUACACGGCGGAUAAAGAAAUCAGGACAGAUGACCUCUGUCUGGACGUAUCCCGCCUCAACGGGCCUGUCGUCAUGCUCAAGUGUCACCACAUGAAGGGCAAUCAGAUGUUUGAGUACGACGCUGAGCGGCUGACUCUGCUGCACGUGAACAGCAACCAGUGCUUGGACAUGCCGUCUGAGGAGGACAAGAUGGUCCCCACCUUGAGAGACUGCAACGGCAGCCGCUCCCAGCAGUGGCUGCUGCGUAACAUGACCCUGAGCGUCUGAUCCCUCACCUCUCUGCUUCCCCUCCACUGCUCUGAUGUCCUGCUAACCAGUCCUGGCUCUCCGCACCCUCACCAGGUGGCUCUUACCACACACAUCAUACGCCUCUUUCUGCGACAGCCGGGCCGACAAACACACAGAUGCAGGCAGCGGCGGCUUAUCUUCCAUUAUGGAGCCGUCUCCGCUUACAGGUCUAAGAGAAGCUGCACCUGCCAUUUCGAUAACACGACGAGCUGUAGCUUUGGGGAACGUCUCGGUGUCCAAGCCGGGAGAGCGAGGUGUGGGGUCUGUGCAUGGAGAACACUGAUAUCAAAGCAAUCACACUGUGUCGGACACCUGCUAGCUGUGCAUCUGCUGCGCUGCUCAGACUGCUGCUUAGCUGCUGGACAAACAAUUCAACAGAAACUCAUCUGUAAUAUUGUAAGACGCAUCUCUAGGAUGGGCUGCAAUAUUAAUGACCUUCCUUGUGCUGUGGCCAGGCAGUGCAUUGAUGUGUUUACUGUAGGUAAAACAAGCUGUUACAUUAAAAAAAAAAAAAAAAAAAAAGAAGGUUAAGUGAGGUGGAUUUGUGAAGCUGCUGUUGAUAUUUGAGAGUUAAACUAACUGAUGACAAUAUAUCAACUGAUAUUUCUUUUUUUAUCACUUUUGGUCUAAGGAGUUACAAAUGAUGAUGAUACUGCAGCUAUUGUGCAUAUACUUUUUUAUUUAUUGAAAGAAGGUGGGCAUAUUUCUGGAAACUCUCUGCUUCAAGUUGCUUGGUGGGUAUUUCCCAUGGCAACAGUUGCCUGACAUGUGAGAUUCACCACUGAUAGGAGACACACUGUCAACUUUUGUGGUGCUUUUCUGAAUGAAGAAAGUUGUAGCUCUGUAUAAUCUACGAACACUGAUACAAGAUAUUGUUUCCACUUCUUUAACAAGCCCACAUGCUGUAGCAUUAGUGAUUUAAGAUGUAUGUCUUUUCCCUAAAUUUGGAAUCAUUGUGCUAUUAUGCUUUUUUUUUCAGCUUGGAAAGUGAAAGUUAGAAAGCAUGGCUAACAGGCUCCCAGAGAGAAAUUGGAAGCCGCCCUUCUCAGAUGCUCACCAAUCAAACUGCAGACAGUUCACACCCCUGGAAAACACUAAUGUGGGGUCACUUUUCUUUGCACAGCAGGAAAGUAAGUAAAUUUCUUGUUUUGCAAUUACAGUGUUGAACAAAUAUAUACGUAAAAUCAAGACAAACAUUAAUUAUAUAUUUACAAUUGACUUUUAUUUCAGUUUAACUAAACAGAAGUAACAUUCUUACAAGGAUCCCUUAUAUUUGAUUAUUAAACAGUCAUUAUGUAUUGUACUGUUAUGUUUCAAGUUAUGGUUAAAGAAUAAACUUGUGCUCUUUUGUGCACAACCCUUGUAGUGGAGACACUAUUCGUAAAUUACCUCAAACAUAUCUUUGAAAUUCUAGUGCUGAAAUUUCUUAAUUUAGAUGGCUAUCUUGAAGUGUGAAGAAUAAUAUGAACCUAAUGUUCCAUGUUAAUGUAGCAGGAAUUACAGACUGGAAGUCUAUUUAUGACAGAAUGCUUGUAGAGAGAAAAGACAGGUGUAGGAUUAGAAGUGCAAGUAAUCAAGACUCUUUUUCUGGAUAGACUGAUUCCUUUCUAAUGAAUGUAAUAGUUUUCCCCAAAUGACAACAACUGUAUAUGGAAAAAUUACACUAUAUUAUCAUGGCUGUCUGAGAGGAUCAUUGCUUGAAAUCAAUUUCAGAAAGAUUUCAGAUUCUUCUACUAAGACAAUCUUGAGAAAUCAUGAUGUCUUGAAGCGAAAUAGUUCUGUGUGCCUUUUAGAAAGAUGUUUUGUGUUUGGUUCGUUGGUUUUUAAGUGUUUGAAUCAUUUUGUUGUUAAAAAUCUGAAUUUAAAGUGUGUUUUCAUUUCAGGUUAAAUACAGAAACAUAUUGAUAUUUAAUAUUUGUCAUAUCUCUUGAACAUGUGGCUUUCAUGCUAAUUCUUGAUCAAACAUUCAGUUAAUGGUUCAGUAAGUGAAUAUUCACUAAUCCAAAUGUGACGGAUACAUUUCACUGCAUUGUAUCAGGCAACAGAUGCUGUUGUACAUAAUGCUUGUUUCUAGCACCAUUGUUGUUGUACAUACAGAACCAAUUAUUUUUCUAAGAUGCUGUAAAACUUGAACACACUCAGUGAAAAGACAUUGAAUGAUAAAAAAGAUCACGGGGUAUUGCAGUGUUUUUUCUUUUGUUUCUAAUCGAGGUAAUAAAAACCAGUGCUUACCUUGGGUUCUGAAAUUUCGGUGUGUUUUGAAAAUCCAAAAUGAAUCCCACAAAACCAAUUGUCAGACUUCCUAAAGGACCUUAGGCGAGCGGAAAUGAGAGAAUAAAAUCCUACCAAUGCUG